CUAUGCAUACACAUCCACUCUUUACACACCAUUCUUCCUACCUACCUCUCUUUCCUUCUUCUCCUCUCUCUCUCUCUUACUCUCUAUUCCUAUUUAUACAUUCUCACUCUAAACUCUCUCUCAUCAUUUCCAUUAACUCAUUACUAGAAACACAAAAAAAUCCCCAUAAUCAUCAUCAUCAUCAUCAAUCAUGAUCUCCAUUGCUCCACCACUAAAAACCCAAAACAAACAAGAAAUCUCAACCAUUGAUCACAAUGAUCAUAACCAAGAACACAUCUUUAAAUCAAAAUUACCAGAAAUACCCAUCUCAAACAACAUCCCACUCCACUCCUACAUCUUCCAAAACCUACCGGAAAAAUCAAACCGGCCAUGUCUAAUCACCGGAACAACCACCCAAACAACCUACUCCUAUUCCCAAACUCACCACAUUGCCAAAAAAAUAGCCAAAGGUUUAAGUAAACUAAACAUAAACAAGAAUGACGUCAUCAUGAUUCUCCUCCCCAACUGCCCAGAAUUCAUCUUCUCUUUCUUCGGAGCUUCCAUGAUCGGAGCAGCCAUAACGACCGCAAACCCAUUUUACACAUCGCCGGAGAUUUUCAAACAACUUCAAAUCUCCAAAGCAAAGCUUGUAAUAACCCAAACCCAAUUCGUAUCAAAGCUCAUUGAAUUCCCAGAAAAAGUCAUCGGCCGAGAUUUCACCGUCGUCACCGUCGACGGAGACGAAAACCCUUCGCCGGCAAAUUGCUUACCUUUCUCUAUUCUCACCGGAGAAGACGAAACAGAAGAAAUCUCGAUCGACCCAAAUGACCCAAUUGCGAUUCCAUUCUCCUCCGGCACGACGGGGCUUCCAAAAGGGGUGGUGCUAACCCACAAGAAUUUAAUAACAAGCGUAGCUCAACAAGUCGACGGCGAUAAUCCUAACAUGUAUUUGAGAUCAGACGAUGUUGUGCUCUGUGUUCUUCCUCUGUUUCACAUUUAUUCACUCAACAGUGUUUUGCUCUGUGCUUUGAGAGUUGGAGCUUCGGUUUUGCUCGUGCCGAAAUUCGAGAUCGGAACUUUACUUGAGUUGAUUCAGAAGCACCGUGUGACGGUUGCUCCGGUGGUUCCGCCGUUGGUUUUGGGUUUGGCUAAGAAUCCAGUGGUGAGUGAGUUUGAUUUGAGCUCGAUUAGAAUGGUUCUUUCCGGGGCGGCGCCGUUGGGUAUGGAGCUUGAAGAUGCUCUCCGGCGACGAGUUCCUCAGGCGGUUAUUGGACAGGGAUAUGGAAUGACUGAAGCUGGACCAGUAUUAUCAAUGUGUUUGGCCUUUGCAAAACAACCAUUUCCUACCAAAUCCGGGUCAUGUGGCACCGUCGUGAGAAAUGCACAACUCAAGGUCAUUGACCCUGAAACUGGUGCCUCUCUCUCCUACAAUCAGCCUGGUGAAAUUUGCAUUCGGGGUCACCAGAUCAUGAAGGGUUAUUUGGACAAUUCUGAUGCUACUACUAACACCAUCGAUGUCGAUGGCUGGCUUCACACUGGUGACAUUGGAUAUGUUGAUGACGAUGAUGAGAUCUUCAUUGUUGAUAGAGUUAAAGAGAUUAUCAAGUUCAAGGGUUUUCAGGUACCACCCGCAGAACUUGAAGCCUUACUUAUUAGCCACCCUUCUAUUGCAGAUGCCGCAGUAGUUCCGCAAAAAGAUGAGGUGGCAGGAGAAGUACCAGUUGCAUUUGUGGUUAAAUCUAAUAAUAAAGAUUUUGAUCUAAGUGAAGAUGCAGUAAAAGAAUUCAUAGCAAAGCAGGUGGUGUUCUACAAGAAAUUACACAAGGUUUACUUUGUUCAUUCCAUUCCAAAAUCUCCUUCAGGAAAGAUUUUAAGAAAAGAUCUUGUAGCCAAGCUUGCCCUAGCUUCCACUUUAAUUACAUCUUCUUAAUAAUAAUUAAUUAACUAAAUGUAUUUAUUAUUAUUAUUAUUUAUUAAUUGGUUUGAUGGGUCUUUUUUAUCUUAAUUAAUAAGAAAGUAUAAUUUGGGGUGUUGUUGUGAAUUAA